AUGGAGGAAUUUUACUGUAUCUUUUGUGCUGAAAUCGUAACCUCCCACCAAGAGGCCCUACUCUGCGGCGGAUGCGACAGAUGGCAACACCGUCGUUGUCACACUGGCGUUGACCGAGCCACAUAUCGACAGGCAGUAAGGACCGGCCAGGACAUUUUAUGGACUUGCAUCUAUUGUACAGACGAGACACCAGUACCGGUUGCUGCUAGUUCGAUGAUCAAUACAGGUAUAUAAUUUUUUUGUUAUCUCUUAAGGUUGAUUUCCAGCACUGUGUAAUUUUAAGGCGAAAAUAUUUCAUGCGCUAUAUUGAAUGAUUUAAUCAUUGAAGUAACUAAUAGCUAAUAUAUGUGCUUAAAACCAACAGACUCGAGUACGCCUUCUGCUCUACCAGAGUUGUCUUUACCCGUUUCAUCGCCAUCAGACCUCGGAACAGUCAUGGAAGUGACUAUGUUGUUAGUUAAAACAAGCCGGUUAAGUUUAUGA